AUGCUGGCUGAUAUCUCCACCGUGCUGAGCACUUUGAAACAGGAGGUGGACCCACAACUUUCGUACCUUUUCGACGAGUUUGAAAGCCUGUAUGAAUCGAAACUAUGGCAUCAACUAACAGAGAAGCUUGAGUCAUUUUUCCAGGACGAAAGAACAGCACCACUGAGGCUUAGAGUAUACGAUGCAUUUGUGUUGCAGUUCCAGGACAAGAUCAGUCAAUUGAGCGUUGUGAGUUUUCUGCUAAGCUCUCUAAAGGCUGAAAACGAUCCAGACGCUGCCCUAGGUUAUCUCGAAGAUUUGCGUAAGAGCUUCAAAGAAAUUGACGAGCGAAAGCAGAGGAAUGACGGACUCAAAUCACACUUUGAUGGAAUUGUGCUGAUAGAUAUCGAAAUCGCAAGAUUUUAUCUCACGCAGGGAAACUUGGUGAAGUCCAGGGACGCAUUGGACGCAAUUGAAGCAACCAUUGAAAUGCAUGAUGUGAUGCCCUUGCAAGUCACCAGUGCAUUCUACUCGGCAAGCUCCGAAUACUAUCAAGCUAAAAGGGAUUUCAAUUCAUUCUACUACACAAGCUUGUUGUAUUUGUCAACCGCCGAAGCAUCCCGUUCCGUACCAGAGUUUUCGUUUUUGAGACGCCAGCAGCUUGCUUAUGACCUUUCCAUUGCGGCUUUACUAGGUGACAAAAUUUACAACUUUGGAGAACUACUGCAUCACCCAAUAAUGGAAAGUAUCUCAUCUGACCCACAACACGAAUGGUUGUUUCAAUUUCUCAAUACUUUGUCAAACGGUGACUUCGACAAGUUCGACAAAAUCUCCAAGGAGCGGGUUUCUCAGGUUCCUAUCCUUUCCACACACGAGUCUUUCUUGAGGCAAAAAAUAUGCUUGAUGACUUUGGUCGAAAGCGUUUUUGUCAAGAAUAUCAGAACUCUGUCAUUUCAAGACAUUGCUGCUGCUACACAUCUUCCCAAGGACAAUGUAGAACAUUUGGUCAUGAGAAGCAUUAGUCUGGGGCUACUAAAAGGAUCCAUCGACCAAGUUCAAGAAUUGGUGACAGUUACGUGGGUACAACCGCGGAUCAUCAAUGCUGACCAGAUCAACAAAAUGAAACAGAGACUGGUUGAAUGGAACAAUGAGGUCUCCAGCCUGGGCCAAAAAAUCGAAGCCCGUGGUAAGACCAUCUGGGUAUGA